UCCACAAUAUCACCAAGUCCAGAGGAACUGUACGGAGCUCUCCCAGUUCUGAUGGGAUGGCAACCCUAACGAGCGAGCGGAGGGCUUUUGCGCACAAGAUCAACAGGACAGUAGCGUCUGAGGUCAGGAAGCAGGUUUCCCGAGAAUAUGGCUCUCCACAGAUGUCCAAAAAACGUGCUGGUGCUCAUCAGCCGAUGCCUCUCACGGAGGUGGUGGAGCCAGUAGAUUUUGAGGAGUAUGUCAGCAGUCAUCCACCAGGAGCAGAGCCCGGAUGCCUGAGACAGCUGCUGGAGUUUCCCAGUGAUGAUCUGGAGCUGGUUCUGCAGGAGAGAGAGUGUGUUACGAUAGAGCCGCCUGUGCCUGAAGAGGACUCGCUGGACGCCAGAGUGAGAGAUGCAUUGAGUGUCUACACUGAUGACUGGCUCAUCAUCCAGAGAAAGUAUCAGAGAUACAGCACAACACAGACACCUCACAACUCUGAACGGCAGCGAGAGAAGCAGAAAGGACUGGUCAAACAAACCUUUGAGCUGGAUGAGGCCUCAGCUGACCGUCAGGAGGAGCAGGAUGACUCAAAGAGGCAGUCGGUGUCGCUGGAUGACACACCACGGGGCAGCUGGGCCUCCAGUAUAUUUGACCUGAAGAACUCCACUCCCGACGCGCUGCUGCCCUCCGUGCUGGAGCGCACGGCUGCCGAGGACAUGGACCGCCGCAACGCCGAGAACCGCCAGCAGACCCGCCUCGCUGAUCUGCUGGGCCUUUACCCCGCACCGGAUGAGGAUGAAGCCGUGGAGAGAUGUGCCAUCCCGGAGGUGCCCAAAGAGCACAGCGGCCAGAGAAUCAUGGUCAAGUGUUUGUCUCUCAAAUUUGAGAUUGAAAUUGAGCCAAUCUUCGGAUCACUGGCUCUGUAUGAUGUCAAGGAAAAGAAAAAGAUUUCAGAGGAUUUUUACUUUGAUCUGAACUCGGAUCAGAUAAAGACUUUGCUCCGCCCACAUAACCCCCAUGUAGCCAUCUCUACCCUGGCGCGAUCUGCUAUCUUCUCCAUCACAUACCCGUCCCCUGACAUCUUCCUCGUCAUUAAGCUGGAGAAAGUUCUUCAGCAGGGGGAUAUCGGCGAAUGCUGCGAGCCGUACAUGGUCAUGAAGGAAUCCGAUUCCAUUAAGCAUAAGGAGAAGCUGGAGAAGUUGAGGUCACAAGCCGAGCAGACGUGCACCAGGUUGGGACGGUUCCGGAUGCCCUUUGCCUGGACGGCCAUUCAUCUGCUUAACAUCGUGAGCAGCGUCGGAGGGCUUGAGCGCUCCGAUUCAGACUCGGAUACGGAACGUAAAGGGACGUGGAACGAGAGGAAGAAGAAAGGCUUUGAGAGGAUGAGUGUCGGAGACGACACAUGCAACUUCACCAACUUCCGUCCAGCCACUCUCACCGUCACCAAUUUCUUCAAACAGGCACGUGACAGGUUGAGCGAUGAGGACUUGUAUAAAUUCCUGGCGGACAUGAGGAGGCCAUCAUCUGUCCUGCGGCGACUCAGGCCCGUGACAGCUCAGUUAAAGAUAGACAUCUCGCCGGCCCCCGAGGCCCCUCACUACUGUCUGUCUCCGGAGCUGCUCCACGUGAAGCCGUACCCUGACCCGCGUGUACGGCCCACUAAAGAGGUGCUGGAGUUUCCCGCUCGCUACGUCUACACCCCUCACACCACCUACAGGAACAUGUUGUACAUUUAUCCCCAGUCUGUGAACUUCAACAGCCGGCAGGGAUCUGUGAGGAACAUCGCUGUGAAGGUUCAGUUCAUGGCAGGAGAAGACCCCAGCCAGGCCAUGCCUGUCAUCUUUGGAAGGUCAAGCUGUGCAGAGUUUUACAAAGAGGCGUAUACCCCGGUCAUCUACCAUAACAAGUCCCCGGAAUUCUACGAGGAGGUAAAGAUGAAGAUUCCCGCCAACCUUACGGAUAACCACCACCUGCUCUUCACUUUCUAUCACAUCAGCUGCCAGCCCAAGCAGAACACCCCCCUGGAGACCCCGGUGGGCUACACGUGGAUUCCCCUCAUGCAGCACGGCCGUCUGCGCACCGGCUCCUUCAGUCUGCCUGUGUCUGUGGAGAAACCUCCACCCAGCUACUCCGUUCUCACUCCUGACGUUCAGCUACCAGGAAUGAAAUGGGUGGACAACCACAAAGGAGUAUUCAAUGUUCAGGUGUUUGCGGCAUCCUCUGUUCACACACAGGACCCACAUCUGGACAAGUUCUUCACUCUUGUGCAUGUUCUGGAAGAGUACUCAUUCCCGUUUCGUUUGAAGGACGUUAUAAUCACAGAGUCGAACGUGGAGGCGGAGCUUAAGGCCAGUAUGGCUGCUCUGAAGGGGGCGCUGCUGGACACAUGCGUGCGCUUUCUGCAUCAGCUGAUGAGCAAACUCAUACUGUUAAUCGUGCACCCGCCUGUCAUAGCAGGACAGAUCGUAAAUCUUGGCCGUGCUGCAUUUGAAGCCAUGGCCCUUCUGGUAAACCAGAUCCAUAAGAACCUGGAAGGGAACCAGGACCACCACGGCCGCAACAAUCUGCUCUCCUCCUACAUCCACUACUGCUUCCAUCUGCCCACUACAGAGCCUGUGUCGCCCCCUCCUGUGGGAUCCGGGCAUUACGAGCUCCCCAUCCAGUAUGCCACGCUCUCCAGAGCCACGGCGAGACCCAGCAGCCUUCUGCUGUCCCGCUCCAAGAGCAUCAGUAACUCCAACCCCGACCUGGCCUCCACACCUGCCACCCCUGACGAGGAGGUGCAGAGAAUCAUCGGCAGCAAGGGGAUAGACCGCUCACAUUCCUGGGUAAACUCUGCUUACGCUCCGGGGGGCUCCAGGGCCGUCCUCCGUCGGAAUCCAAACUCCAGCUGUGAGCUCAAGCAGCUGCUUCAUGAAGAACUGGCUCUCCAGUGGGUGGUGAGCAACAGCAGCGUGAGGGAAGCGUCUCUGCAGCAGGCCUGGUUCUUCUUUCAGCUUAUGGUGAAGAGCAUGGCCCAUCAUCUGUUCCUGUCCUCACGUCUGGACAUGCCCCGACGCCAGCGCUUUCCAGACCGCUUUGUGGAUGACAUCGCCGCCCUAGUGUGCGCGAUCAGCGCAGACAUAGCCAACAGAUAUCACAAAGAUGUCGAGCUGGUGGAAAGGUUAAACAGCAGUCUGGCCUUUUUCCUCAAUGACCUGCUCUCACUCAUGGACAGAGGCUUUGUUUUCAACCUCAUCCGCUCCUAUUAUAAACAGAUUAAUAAUAAACUGCACACAGCGCAGAACCCGAGCGCUUUAACAGCUCUAAGGAUGGACUUCAUGCGGAUCGUUUGCAGUCAUGAACACUACGUCACCCUCAAUCUGCCCUGUGCCACACUCAGUCCUCCUGCUUCUCCUUCACCAUCCACAUCCUCCACCACGUCUCAGAGUUCGGCUUUCUCGAGUCACGUUCAGGAUCAGCGUGUGGUCAGCAUGUUCGAGUUGUCUGUGCCCUUCCGCCAGCAGCACUUUCUCUCUGGUAUUCUGCUGUCUGAACUGUCUCUCAUCCUCGAGCCGGACGGAGAGGGUUUGUUCUUCCUACACAAGAAAGCCAUUAGCGCGCUGCAUUCAUUGCUAUGCAGUCACGACGCGGACCCCCGCUACACAGACCCUCAGGUCCGCUCUAACAUCGCCCAGCUCUACCUGCCACUCAUCCCCAUCGUCAUGGAGACGCUGCCCCAGCUUCACGACUUCACAGACACGUCCGCUCAGCGCGUACGUCACGCCUCUGCGCUCGGCGACGAUAACGACCCAGACAACGGCACCAUCAGCCAGUCUGUUGCUAUGGCGAUAGCUGGCUCGCCACUCCCCCAUUCUAAAGUCAACUCUUUCACUUUACCUACAGUGGCCGCUCGCCCGUGCAGUGGCCUCUCUGCAGAGUGCAGCAGGACUCUGCUGGUGUGUUUCCUGUGGGUGUGGAAGAACGCAGACGCGGGCCUGCUGGAGCGCUGGGUGUCGGACCUGUCGGUCCCUCAGAUCAACCGUUUGCUUGAUCUGUUGCACCUCUGUCUCUCCUGUUUCGAACACAAGGGAAAGAAAGCCCUGGAGCGGAUCAACAGUCUGACCUUUAAGAAAUCUCAGGACAUGAAGGCCCGUCUGGAGGAGGCCAUACUGGGCACCAUCGGAGCAAGACAGGAGAUGGUCCGUCGCUGCAGAGAGCGCAGUCCUUAUGGAGGUCAGGAGAACGUCCGCUGGAGGAAGAACGUCACCCACUGGAGACAGAAUGCAGACAGAGUGGACAAAAGCAAGGCAGAGGUGGAGCAGGAGUCUGUCGUGGAUGGAAACUUGGCGACAGAAGCUGCUCUAAUAGCCCUGGACACACUGGAGAUCAUAGUGAAAACAGUGGUGAUGUCAGAGCUGAAGGAGAGCGUGUUGGGUGGAGUGUUGAGAGUGCUGCUUCACAGUAUGGCAGGAAACCAGAGCGCCCUCUUCCUGCAGCACUGCUUCAGCACACAAAGAGCUUUGGUUUAUAAGUUUCCAGAGAUGUUGUUUGAGGAGGACACCGAGCUGUGUGCUGAUCUCUGUCUGCGGUUACUGCGUCACUGCAGCAGUAGCGUGAGUUCUGUACGCAGCCACGCCAGCGCCUCCCUUUACCUGCUCAUGAGACAGAACUUUGAGAUCGGCAACAAUUUUGCUCGUGUGAAGAUGCAGGUCACCAUGUCUCUGUCUUCACUUGUGGGAACCUCCCAGACCUUCAAUGAAGAGCACCUGCGUCGCUCUUUAAAGACCAUUCUCACAUACGCUGAGGAUGACCUGGAGCUCAGAGAUUCACCCUUUCCUGAGCAGGUGCAGGAUCUGGUCUUCAACCUGCACAUGAUUCUCACCGACACUGUGAAGAUGAAGGAACACCAGCAGGACCCAGAGAUGCUCAUAGACCUCAUGUACAGGAUUGCUAAAGGUUAUCAGAACUCUCCAGAUCUGAGACUCACGUGGCUGCAGAACAUGGCAGGGAAGCACUCAGAGAGAGGGAAUCAUGCGGAGGCAGCGCACUGCCUGGUUCAUAGCGCCGCCCUGGUGGCCGAGUACCUCAACAUGCUUGAAGAUUGUCGCUACCUCCCAAUCGGCUGUGUGUCCUUUCAGAGUAUCUCAUCGAAUGUGCUGGAGGAGUCAGCGGUGUCUGAUGAUAUCCUGUCCCCAGAGGAGGAGGGCAUCUGUUCAGGGAAAUACUUCAGUGAGUCUGGACUCGUAGGGCUUUUGGAGCAAGCAGCUGCCUCUUUCAACAUGGCUGCCAUGUACGAGGCCAUAAAUGAGGUCUAUAAGAUCCUCUGCCCCAUUCACGAAGCCAACCGAGACUUUAAGAAGCUCGCCUCCGUCCACGGCAAACUGCAGGACGCCUUCAACAAAGUAUACAAUCAGAGUUCAGGAUGGGAGAGGAUGUUUGGCACCUACUUCCGCGUAGGCUUCUACGGAUGCCGCUUUGGAGAUCUGGAUGAGCAGGAGUUUGUUUAUAAAGAGCCUUCGAUCACCAAACUGGCCGAAAUCUCACACAGGCUGGAGGAGUUUUACUCUGAGCGAUUCGGUGACGAUGUGGUGGCGAUCAUCAAGGACUCCAGUCCUGUUGACAAGAACAAGCUGGACCCCAAUAAGGCAUACCUUCAGAUCACAUACGUGGAGCCCUUCUUUGACACCUAUGAGCUGAAGGAGCGCAUCACGUACUUUGACAAAAACUAUAACCUGCGCACCUUCAUGUACUGCACGCCGUUCACGCUGGACGGUCGGGCACAUGGCGACCUGCACGAGCAGUACAAACGCAAGACCAUCCUGACCACCUCUCACGCCUUCCCCUACAUCAAAACCCGCAUCAACGUCAUCCACAAAGAGGAGAUCAUUCUGAUGCCCAUGGAGGUGGCGAUUGAGGACAUGCAGAAGAAAACACUGGAACUGGCCUUCGCCACCCAUCAGGACCCCGCUGACCCAAAGAUGCUCCAGAUGGUGCUUCAGGGUUCUGUGGGCACUACGGUUAAUCAGGGUCCGCUGGAGGUGGCUCAGGUCUUCCUGUCUGAAAUUCCAGAGGACCCCAAACUCUUCCGGCAUCACAACAAAUUGCGUCUCUGCUUCAAAGACUUUACCAAAAGGUGUGAGGAUGCUCUGAGGAAGAACAAGUCUUUGAUCGGUCCGGAUCAGAAGGAAUACCACAGAGAGCUGGACCGCAACUACACUAAGCUGAAAGAAGCUCUGUUUCCUCUUAUCAACCGCAAGAUCCCUCAACUUUACAGACCCCUUCCACUGCCAACCCCACCGACACAGAGGAACUCUCUCAGCCGAUCCAGUUUUCGGCGGGUGGAGUGCUGAGGUGUGGCGGAGCUGAGCGCGGGUGGACGUGAAGCCAGACGUGAUCUCUCGCUCCACCAUGUCACCCCCCCAACCACACACUAACAAACUGCACAUUCCUCUCAUGCACAAGCCCUCAUGAGCCAGUCUCUCCAGCUCUCUCCUCCUGGUCAGUUAAAAGAGCUGGAGUGUGUUUAUUCUGAGAGGUUAUCUGCUGUAAACACAGUCAUUAGGAGCUUCAUGGGCAAAGCAGCUUAGUCAUUAGUAGGGAAGAUGGUUCUUACUCAACAUCGGAGGUAAUUUUAGGUUCUGGCCAUUCAGAUACUCCUCUGUACUUCCUCUUGUUUGUUUGUGUUGUCUUUCUCGAUCUCGUGUGUUUGUGUGAGUGCAAGAAGGGAAACGGAAACGGUUUGUCCAGGCGUUUUUGUGUAAAUUGUGUCGUUGCAGAAAUCCUUGUAAUGCUGCCUGAUUUAUUAUGCAAUCGGUGGAUUAAACCGUUGUCUUUGUGAAGGCUGACCACUGACAUGCAAAGCCCACAGACUGGCUCGGUUUGAGAUGACGCGUUUAAUCCACUCAUCUGUCAUAAAAUAGCAUCCUUCUUUGUGCUGACUGUUUUUCAAACUUAUUCUGCUGUUGGCUCAAGUACUGUGAGGUUAAGCAAAAAGCUGGAUUUGUUUCACGACUGUAGAGACCCCUGAACCAUUCUUUUGGGCUUUAUGUUGCAUAAGGCAUUAAUAUAGUCAUUAACUGUGGAAAAGUUUCCAAAGCGCACUAACAGAAGAGCACACCAACUUUCUGCACUGACUGCUAUGAGUUUUUCCUGCCACUGCUGCACAGAAUCAUACUUUCAGACACAAAUAUGUUUUAGUGUUAACGUUAAAUGUACAGAAAUGUUGUGUAUACUAUUUACUGUUAUGCACAAGUAUUGAAUCUGGAAGAAGAAAAAUGAUCUGAGCAUCCUGUGAAAUGGAACUUAAAGAAGAUUUGGUUUUUGAAUGUAGCUACUGUCUUAAAAUAGCAAUACUUGUAUUUACCGGUCUACUGUAGAUGGACUGCUGUGUUAAUGUCUCUUGCACUGUUUUAAUGUUUUUUUUUUGUGAACUCUACUGCCUGUCUUGGCACUAUACCAUGCAAAUUGCUGGUCUAAAUACUGUAUUUUUAAUAACCAAAUUGUUUUUAUUUAUUCAUGUAUUUUUGUCUCUUUUCUACAUUUUACAUUCUACUCUUUACUUUUUGUAUUAAAAGAAAUUCUU